AUGACAGCACUUUUCAAUCUCCAGUCAUUGCUCACUGCACUCCUGCUGCUCAUCUGCACAUGCACCUACGUCAGGAGCUACAGUGCAAAGUUUAUGGAUUCGCACAAGUCGGGUCCGCUAGGUACCUUUUGGAAACUCGCUAGAGUCGGCGAGCGCCUGAGUCCAUACGUGUCUCUCUCUCUCAUUGCGAUUGCUGCAAGUACCCAACACUUUCGUAUUAGGCUGACAGGCAGGUGUCUCUACUAA